GCGAUUGUAAUUAAUAUCGAUUGUUACGUCAUACUUGAUGACUGUAAGCCGCGAUUAUCGUCGUCGUCGCUAGUUGGCGCCGUAGAACAAUGAAACUUCGAUUAUCUACGUCAUAAUAGUAAGGUCGGUUCAAGGUUGGGAUUAUUGCGUCACAAUGCCGAGACAGAUAGUUGAUUGUGACAAAAUAGUUAAACAGGUACUCUUAUGACGUCAUAGUAUAUUAAACAGGAAGUGACGUAACAUAAAUUGUGACGUAACAGAUAUAGCGACGUAGUGGUUGUAGUGACGUAAUAGACGCAAUGAAUGUAAGUUACGAAGAUUGUGUGACGUAUACACCGCCGCCAUAUUGGAUUUAUUUUAUCAAGGCAUUUAUCGGUUGUAUCGUUAUUGUGGAGAACACGAUAUUGUUUGUGGCGAUUGUGAGGAAUUGGGAUACAUUAACAAGACAGCAUAACUUAUAUCGGUACUUGCUGUCACUGGUCGCCGCUGAUUUGUUAAAUGGGAUCAUAUUGCUCCUACACGCCAUCUACUGGCUGCUUCAUCUCAUAUUUGUUGGAAGCGUCAACUUUACGGGGGAAUCCCCGCAAGAAGUUUUUAGGAAUUUGAUCUCUGGUGUUUUGAACGGUAGUAUCUUCGCAUCGCUUGCAAGUGCUACACUGCUUAAUCUGGUGUUACGCGUUUCCUCGAACCGAGCGCUUGCCCGUGCCGCCGCCAUCACAACAAGAGCACCGGUAGGUGGCGCAACCUGGGAGAGGAGCCCCAAGAUCACGUGGGCGCUUAUUGGGGUAAUCUGGUCGGUCACGGUUGGUUUCAUAUUGACCCCAUUGCGUCAUCAUUGUCACAUGGAGCUCACCCAAUGUUAUGAUGGGGAGGGGUUUAGGGUAAUGGAGGGGAAUACCCUGGUUAACCCACAUGACGAACCAUCAUCGUACGAUUGCUCCACCAUGCGGCCACCAUCCAGGGUGUCUUACAUCCUUAUACUUAACAUUUGCAACACCUUGGUUUGGUCCCUAAUGUUUCUAUGUAACCUUAUAACGUCGUGCGUUGCAACCAAAGUAGAACGGGAUGACGUCAGUGGAAAUUUAAAAUUACGUCACACAUUUGGAAUGUCACGUGACUCGUCGUCAUUCUUUGCUUGCGUCAUAACCCUCAGUAUGACGUCAUCAUCGGUACCAUAUAUUGUGUAUAGCUUCAUUACAGAGUUUGGUUCUCCCGCCACGAGGAUUCACUACGGCGCCAAAUUCCCUGCACUGGUCACGGAGGGAUUCGAACUCAUCACCUACCUAUCUUGCAUCAUGAACCCCAUCAUAUAUACUGCUAUGUUGAGUCACUUACGCAGCAAAGUAUCUACCCUAAUCGAACGUAGAGGCGACAACAAGGUCUAA